AUAUGUCUAUCGUGUUCCAUUUAUUUUGUCCCUUUGUGUGUUUGCUCAUUUAGGAAUUUGUAAGGAUUUUCUUAUCAAUUACCCUGGUGCAACAUUAAGACAAUACACGAAAAACAGAGCAUUGCUAUUUAGAUUUUAAAUGCAGACUUUAUUUGUGUAUGAGAAGGAGAAGCGAUUUGAGUGGUAAUUAAAUGACAUGACAACACAGAUCUGACAAUUAUAUUAAAUUCAGAGUUUCCACUUGGAUGUGUCAAAAGAAAUGUCCAAUCAAUAGUAGCUCUAAAGCUUACCCAGUACUCAAAGUUGGUACGAUGCAGUGGACAUUUUGGUACAUAAUCAAGAUUAAAGGCUUGAGCCACCCUUUAUUUCUUUAUAUUUUUCUUCCAAGGAGCCAGACCUUCUUGUUAUUUUUUAAAAUAAUCUUGAGCAUUAGUUCUUCAGGCUUUCUGAAGGUCUUUUGAGGUUUUUCCUUAGAUGUCGGCUGCAUUUUCACUCACCUUCAGUCCAGUCCUUUCAAUAACGUGACAUAUUUUCAGAGGAAUGUUUUUCUGUUUAUUAAACCACCUAAUGUUGACUUAUGAACGAUCAGGAUAAACAAGGCACCUAAUUCAAGGGAUGAACCAGUGUUGCAUCUACUCACAAAAGACAUCUUUAGAAAGAACCAAAGUAACCUGUUGCAAAGACACUUGAAUUGUUUCCAAUUCUUUAGUUGAAGUUAUAGAAAAUGCCAAACACUGACAGGCAUAAAUUCAUAUUUUUUCAGCAACAAGGUGAUUUUCAAAUAGCUACUAGCCAAAAUCUUGGCAUAUCUUAGCAUUAAAGCCUCAUCAGAACUCAUCAGAAGUUGGCCAUCAAGAAGCCAUUCUUAAGGAAGCAAAACAGGGAGAAAAGGCUGAAGUAUGCCAACUUUUAAGAACUGGGCUGAAAAAUCAGUGACAAUAGGUUUUAUGGAAUGAUGAACCCACAUUCAUCAUUUUUAAUUCAAAUUGUCAUCAUUGUAUACAAAGGAGGUCAGGAGAGUAGGUGUCUAAAGCCAUCUGGGAAACACGGUGGAAGCUCUGUCAUGGUUUGGUUUGGGGCUGCAUUUCACCCAGUGGUGCUGGAGAUCUUGUCAAAACUGAUGGAAUAAUGAAUCCACAAAAGGAAAGUCAGAUUUUUAUCUGCCAUGCAAUACCUUAUGGAAAAGAUUUGGAUGCCAACAGCUUAGUUUUUCAGCAUGGAAAUCAUCUCAAACGUAUUGCUAAUGGAGUAAAAAUGUACCUGGAAAAAACAGAUAUGAGUCAUGGAUUGGUCUCCCCAGAGCCCAGACUUCAACAGUACUGAAGCAGUGUGGGUUAAUCGUGUGAGAGAAUUGAACCAAAGGCAGCCAACAUACAAAGAAGAGCUUUGAAUGUUUUUGAAGAAGCCUGGAGAACUUUUCCUAAAGACUGCUUAAAGAAAUGACAAGAAAGCUUGCAGAAGAGUUUAUGCUAUGUUGAAGAAUAAUUGAGCUCAAGCUCAGUAGAAUUGUAUAACUCUGUUUUUACCUAAUAUAUUGUACUUCCAUGUAGGUUUUUCUUUUGCCAAGAAUAAAAAAAAAUAAUCAGCACAUGGCGACACGUUUCCCAACUCAGCAGAAAAACAGCAAGUAUGGCAGCCCUCCUGUUCAUUCACCAGCCUUUUAAUGCUAAUGCAAUCAACAGAGUGUACAAUUUCACACCCCUCUGUAGCGUGGAAUGUAUUAAACAAUCCAUCAAUCCAGUCACAGCCUUUGUGUGGCUGGAUUGAUGGAUUGACGACUGAGAGUGUUAGGACAAAUACUCAGUAGAUGUCGAGUGUCAUUUUAAAAUUUAAUUUAGAUGAAUUAAGGCAGAUAGGAAAACUGUUGAUGUGCUUCUCGGGUGUAAAUAUGACUAAUUAAUGUUGCACGCAUAAUAUCUACAUGUUCAUGGACCUGCAAAUGCAGAGAUGUGCUAUAGACUUUGAAAGACAAAUGUGAAAGUUAAAGCUCAUAGUGUAAUGCUGCUCAUCAACUGCUUAAUGAAGCGGUAAAUGAGGUGUAUGGAACCAUAUGCACGUCUCAUAUUCUCUUUGAGGUGAGAAGUAAGGUGUACAUGUUGGGGAUGCACAUGGGCGUGAAAGAUGUGUGCGCUGAAGGCUCAGCAAUUCAUCGGCUGCUCGUUCUCUUCUUUGAAAAGAUGAAAGCACAUUUCUUACAUUGCAUACAAUAAAACAGUAGCUGUCCUUGAGCCUGUUACUUUUUUGCAAUGUUUAGUUAAAGAGCAGAUUAAGUGAUUAAAAUUCCUCAGCUAUUUUUUUCCCAGUGGUCUGGAGUAUGUAGCCUGUUUGUCAGCUGUUGCAAACCUAUUCAGCUUGUCUUCAAUGUUUGAAUAAAACAGGCAUAAAAAGAAUACAAUAUGGAAUACAAUAUACUUUUAAUGUGAAUAUAUCGGGUGUGCCUAUUUUACAAUUCAAGACCCCAAACACAGAGCAAACUGAUAAUACUGAGCAAUGUGUGCCUAAAUAGAUUAGAAAAAAAUGUGACAGCUUGAUUGACUGCAGUAGGUAGAAAAAACCUUUGUCAUCUAAUACUACACAUGCUGUCUUCUGGCACAGCCAAGGCAAGUGCAAGCUUGAAGCAUGGUCUACAGGCCAGUGAUAAAGUACUGUAAUUUUUUUUAAUCAAUAUGUAAUGCAGCGCUCUUCAUUUAUUUGCAGUUCAUAUUAUACUGCAAUAUUGCAACGACACAUAGGACUACAUCCAUGCAGCAUUUCUCUUAAGUUUGAACUCUUCUAAACUGGCCAACAAUCACACUGACAUAUUAGAGCGUCAAGGAAAGUAUAUAAGGAAAGUUAAAAAAAAAAGAAAAGAAAAAAAGAUUACAGGUAAAAAAAAUACUAAUUCUCAAACUGCUGCUAUUGAACCAUAAGAUUUGUACUUGAUUUUUCUCAGCUGUAAGGUGGGACAUUAGGGCCACAUGAAGUAAACAAUAUUAGUCAAAUUGUCAAAAUGCGGAGAUUAAUCUUGCACCAGUCUCUGCUUUUGUCCUUGCUCUAAUAAAAGGAUGUUGUGCUUCUUGGGUGCCAUGGCCUUCAGCUUAAGUGGGUUCAUGCUGUGUGUGUUAGAGGCUAAGCAAGUAGCAUUUCUACUACAUGGUUCUGACACUGUUGAAGGUUGCAUGAAAACAAAAGAGUUUUUUGUUCUUAAACUGUAUGUCAGUCAGUCAUGAAACUCUCUUCUGUCACCAUCAGUCAGUAAAAUAAGGAUGACUCUAAAUGUUCAGUGAUGCGAGCCUCUUUUUGAAUAUACAGUUUUCACCCACUUCCAGUCAUUUACCAAUAUGCCACACUGCAGACCAGUAGCAAGGGAAAUAUCUACUCAUUAAGAAGAAUUCACCAAAAUUCUCUGUGCUAUAGAUUAAAAUAUGAUGCACAAGCAUGCUCGAAAGAAAUUAAAUAUCAAAUUACUUUGUUUGAAAGUAGGAGACUGAUUAAUAACAUGGGAGCCGCUUGAGCGAGUAGAUGUAGAUUAGUGUAAAGCGGAAAAAUUACAUCUGACAUGGCCAAAUCAUGCCAAGAAUUAGCCAUUUAAAACUUUAAGAAGGGUCUCUUUGGGCAAGGAACCAGAGGAGAGAUGGUUGGGAGUGAUGUGCAGCAAGAGGUCUAGAUUGCAGCGACUCUGCCUCGCAAUUCACAGGACUUCUGCUACUAACAUCUAGGUGCCAGAUACCACAGGGGACCUUUAGAGGUCUUACAGAGUCCAUGCCUGGCUGGUCAGUGCUGUUUUUGCAGCAAUACCAAAGCAUAUUAGGUAAAGGUGUUCCUAAUACUUAAGUCUACAUAUGGCUUAUGUAUCUAUACAACUUUAUCUUGAUCAUCAUUUAUAGCAAAAAAGACACAAAUAUGGUCUUUCUUCAAAUAAGCAUUCUUUCUAGCAUCUUUAUUCCACAGACAAUGGAUCACUGCAUGGUGACAGCACUUUCAAACCAGCAGCAAUAAAAUCCAUAAAUCUGAUACAUGUUGAUAGGUUCAGGAUCAGAAUACCAAAGUGUUAAAUUGUAAUCCAACUUCACUUCAAAGAGAUGCUAAAUGCACACACAUGGAAAAGGCACAAAAAUGAAGAAAGAUACUCAACAACUGUUAUUGGAAACACAACGCAAAUAAGCAUCUGUUCAUUUCUGCCAUUCUGUCUGACUCAUGUAUAGAUUUUACACUGAAUAUAUGCAGUGUUCUCAUUAGUAUUGCUGGAUAGAGAUUGGCCGUCAUUGAAAUAUAAUACAGAUAAAGCGGUUUCCUGCAAAAUGAUUAGUAUCCCUGUAAUUGGUGCCAAGGUACAAGAACUAAGUCAUUUUUUGUGGUGUGAGAAUUGGCCAAGUGUCCACUGAAAUGCUUGCAAAUUUACUGCUGAGAUUAACUACUUAAAGUUCCUAUUUUUGAAGAAAAGUCCAAGUUAUGCAGAUGAUAUAUAUUAUUACACUAAACUAUAUAUUUCAGCUUAAUAAAUCACACUAAAAACCACAAAAAAGGCAUUUAGAUGUCUGGGGCUCUUUCAUCGUAAAUUAAAGUGAUGAAACCUCAAUUUUCCAUUGCCCUUGAAACUAUUUACAGUUUAUAGGUUCAUGCAGUGAUAGCUCUACUGCAAUGCUGAAUACUUGUUAGUUCUACAUGAUCAGUCAGUGCUAUGCUGUAUGAGUCCUGCUACUGUUAUAGCGCUCCAUACAGCAUUGUGGGAUUACACAAAUUCUUCUUUCUUGUCCACAUUUAUUCUAUAUUAGCCAGUACACAGGACAGCUAGUGUGCAACUGUUUUCUACUAUCACGGUUUUUAGGUCCAAGCGACACAGUCUCAGAGGCCACUGUAGCUCCAUGCUAAGAGAAAAAAGGUCUUUAAGCAAAUUGUUCUGAUGCAGCUCGUCACCUUGGACCGAAGACCCUCUCCCAUUGUAGUCCAAGCCUCUCAAACCCCAAUUGAGGGAAUCUGCCUUUAAACAGUCCAUGUGGAUUGAGUGAGCCCAGGGUCCGCCUUCUCCAGACCCUUAGGGCUAUAUAAAGCUCCACCAGAGCCUCUCAGGGGUUAGAGGAAUGUGAUUGCCAAACAGAGCCCUGGACUUUUGACACACACUCACAUGCAGUACAUACAGCCUUCAUGCUGGCACCCAUGCUUCACACGAUGGUUGAUUUCUCAGAGAAAUACCUGGAAAGGUAAGAGCAACUGUGUUGGGCGUGUGUGGAUUUAACUGCGGUUUGAAUGUUGUUAACGAGAAUUAGAAACAUCAGCAGGGAGAUUGAGAAAAGUGUGAGCAGGGGCUGGUUUGAGUCCCACAUGGAUUAUUGCUCUUAGGCUGGUAGGAAGCUAUCUGACCUCUACAUGGAUCUCAUUUGACAGUCACAAUGAGGGAAAAGAGUCCCCCGCGAGGCUGAAGGACUGAGACUAUUUUGGAGGAAACAGCUUUUACUUCUAACUUGAGGCUGUCCCUUUUUCUUAAUAUACGCAGCCUGGAUUUCAGGAAUAGGAUUGCUCAUGUGGUCUUUGUGGCUAGGAAGGUGAGUUUCUCUGAAAUAGAGCUCUUUUUUUAGCCUUGAUUGAGGGAGAUGGUGGACGUGAUGGUGUUAUAUUUAUAGACAAAAUUUAGGACAAUUCCCUUUUUCAUUGUUCUUCCAGGAAUAUUCAAGGGCUACUUCCUGUUGGUUAUGAUUCCCAUGAUUAUUAUCUUGAUGAAUUUGGCUUGUGUUUCUGGACACCACUGUUUCGUGAGUGAAGAAUCUACAAUGCAAGUGCUUACAAUUUCCCCACAUAAAUCUCACAGUUAUUUUGACACAACCCUUGACCCGUUAUAGCGACACACACACAAAUACACAACAGGCACAUGUGCCAGCACAGCGUUAUUUGUGUGUCAUGUCCAGCAUCUAGUUCACAGGCAAACGGCCUUGAGUAAACAAGAUCUGCUGGACACAAGACUGCGCAAAUAUGGGCUUAACAAAAGUUUAAGCACAGUUAUUAUGAUAAAUGUAGUGAGCGGUAUACUGCAAUGAAGUGGAGGAUUGGAUUUGUCUUGUGCUUAUAUGGUACACUGUGCUCUGCAAUAUGUCUGUCUACAGCUGUCUCCCCAUGUGCUACAAGAGCCUUUCCCAGAGAGUGCGGCCUACUUUCAAGAACACCAGGAAUAGCCAGGGGGGUGCUAUUAGUACGACUAAUGUGAGCCAAGCAAAGAGGGAAUAAAGAGCAUGGAAACCUGCAGAUAAUUGCAGCGCAAAAGACCUUUUGCUCCUUCACUCAAGCACGUAAAAGUGUUCUCUCUCGCAGAGAAGCAAGCAGGCGCAUAGCGUGCGUACACAUUAUACCUGCGCCUCACUUUUUGCAGUGGUCACUGUGUUUAAUAAAGCAAAAACAGCAGCAUAGAUAUGGAAAAGGACUAGAGGCCGAUUUAGAGCUCAAGAGAGGCAGUAAAGAGGAACUUUAAAUAGAGAGGUACUCAAGGUCAGAGGCUGUGAGGACUGCGACUGUGUAUGUACCAUUAACACAUAAAGAGCAGAGGUACAAAGAGCACCGGAUAGAUAACUGUUCAGCACAGUAUUAUGGUUAAGUGACUUUUGUCAAGUACAAGAAGACUUUCCAUCUCCAGGACUGAACAAAAUGAUACGUAAAAUUAUGUAACUGCACUUUCUUCUGCCUUUUUAUGUGAGAAGCAGCAGGCUUUGCCAGUAUUACAACUGCUUCAUGUUUUUAUGUUGCUCUUUUAUUAUUUUUAUAUGUGUGCUAAUGGUUCAAAGGGGCUUUAACCAGGACGUUCUUCCUUUGUUUGGGUGAUUAUUUACAUUAAUGUGAUUGUGAAGAGUCGUCCGCACAAAUCACUUAAUCUAGCUCUGUAAGAUAGUGAAAACCAGGACUAUGAAAGCCUUUCUUGAAUUGGUGGAAGUGGUGUUUACUUCCGUUGACCAAAUAAUCACACACGCAAUUUAUUUCAUGGCUGCAGCAGCAGAGUUCCUGCAAUUACUGAAAGGCAUACACAGAAACAAAGUGUUAAUGCACUCCAGGCUGUGUUGAUUUAAAUAGAGAAUGGUAACAUGUGUCACUUAUUCCACAGCUGGCAUUGUGUUUGAGUUUGUUUGUUGUUGUUUUAAAUGGAUGGAAAGAUCAUUUAAGAAGAUGAUGUAAGCUGCUUGGGUGUGCAGUAUCCAGUGGCAUCCACUUGGUGGCAGAAGAGAAACAUACAUUUCCUUUAGCUGUUGUGACAUCAUUGUCACAUUAUUGACACAUGGGCUCAGCUUGUAUAAAACCAGACAGAAAUACAUAAAGCAGCUUUGUGAUGGGAAGAGUGAAUUUUUCAGCUCUUAUAAAACGCUACUUUCUUUUUUUUAAACUCACAUGCACUUGCAAGACAGAGCUUUCCUUUAUGUUAACACACGCCCAGCUUAAACGUAAAUUGCUUCGGGUACAAACUAAAUAUAGAACCGUCUAAUAAACCCGGCCCUGAUGUUACGAGUUUUUUUUAACAGCACAAGGUUUUUCUUUUUCUUUCCCAGCAGUAAUAUCCUUCAGACUCGAGCGGUUCACGAGGAUGCCGUGUAAGAGCCCUGUACAGCAGUUAAACAUCUGGAUUUGAGUCUGUUUCACGCAGAGCGCUUGUGCUAUAGCAAUCAAUGGAUGAGUCAUCUUCUCUUAAAGAUAUUUCCAUUUCCCCGGUUACCUGGCCUGAAAAAAAGGCUCUCACAUGGAUUUUUCUAGAUCUAUAUCACAGCUACAGGGCUUUUUUCAUAGAACAUUUGCAUUUUUCACCAUUUCAGCAUUAAAGGAAGUACAAAGGAGCACAAGAGUGAUAAACACAGGCCCUUUUAGUUCCUGUUAAUUUCACUGUACCAAAGACUGGCUGCAUUUCUCCAUCAGGGCACUUAUUGUGUAGUUCUAAAUUAAUGGGAGGGAAUGUAACAAAGCAGCCAGAAUUUUAAUUUGCAUCUGAUUUUAGACAAGAAGGGCAGGUGCUUAUAUUUUCAAAAAAUAUAGGGUACCGGUAUACUAAUGCUAUUAGUUUUUCUAACAAGGAAGCCAGUUUUUCCACAAGAAAUUCUCUGCUGCUGCUUGUUUGCAUGAAAUCAGAAUACCGUGUGAUUUGAAGCAGCUUGUGAUCCAUUUAUUUCCUUCUGCUGAUCCAGUCCUGGGUCAUGGGAGACUAGAGACCAUCCCAGCUGCAAACUAAAAUAAAAUUUAAAAAAAUCUAAAACAGGAAUAUUACUAUCUCUAAACAUCUUCCAGAAAGAUAAUGAAAGCAAGAAAAACAUAAAUAGAUAAAAGAUCUCAUCAGCACUUUCUUUUUCAGGUUACAGCUCUUUACAGUUUCCUUCUUUCUGGACUAUCCCACAAGCACCCCAUGUGAAACCAUAAGUCUGAAAAGUGCAAAUACUCCUUUUUUGUGGUCACACGAUCCUGAUUUUAAAGGAGCGAUUAGCAUUUUGCUAACCGUUCGUGCACUUGUGUGGUUACAUGUGUACAGGCAUGUUUCUACUUCACCUGUCCUGCAGCCUUUGGAAAAACUCAAAUCAGCAGCGAACUUUGUUCUCUGUAGCUGCGACGCUGCGUUUAAGCAUUGCAAAAAUUGCAAAAAUAUACACAAACACACUGGUAGAGACUUUGAGUUUUCCAACACCUGUCUGGCAUGAAAGCUCCAGUGAAGUGGGCACGAGCUGGCACAGGUGCAGAGGGGUUCUUUGAAAUGGUUGUAUGUCUGUUCUUUUAUUACUCUCCAUGAAUAUUCACGUGCUAUAUUUGUGCUAAUCCGCAAGUGCCGGGCUCUUCCGUCCUCCUGUGUGUGCAUGUUUGAAUGAUAGCUGUCUAUAACUGGAAGCCCUGUUUCUUAAUUUGGGGUGUGCAUGCUCUCCUGGGGGGGUUGUCAGUUGGCAGGGGGACAGUUUGCAGUGAUUAGAGCCAGCCCAGCGCACAACGUUGUGCUGCAUUAUUAGCAGGCCAGUCAAUCCACAGUGGAAAUCAAAAGCAGGGACUCAGGAAAUGGGUGUUGAGUGAGGUCACAUCCCAAUGAGGCAGCACGUGCUCCAGGUCAGGAAAAGCCAGGACACGCACCAUGGGAUUAUGGGAAUACGCAGAAUCCUGCUGGGGGGGCCCAUGGGUACAGAGGACUGGUGUGCUACCUUAUCUGAGACUCGAUGUGGCGCAUGCGCAGCAGGGCGUCUCUGUGUGUAAGAUGGUUGGAGAAAGGUGAAACAGGUGAGGUGGGCGGUCAGGAGGGUGUUGGGUGCUGCUUCUGGAUGAAAGCAGCAGAGCACUUGGGGAUGUCACCAUGCGCCUUUGGCCUAGGUCAGUUUUCUCUCAGAAACCCCUCAAGGCACACGGAGAAUGGCGUGAUGAAACAGAGGAGUGAGGACUGAGUCUCUCUCCUCCUUCUCUGCCACAUUCGUUUAGUCCCUGCCGAGGAACCUGCCAGGGACACAUCUACAGGAAAGGCUGUUAGAGAAAUUAGAUUGACACGAGAGGCGCUGACAAGAAGCGGCGAAAAAAGGAAAUUGACAUCUGCUGCUGGAGAAUUCUGUGCCAUCACACCAACAUAUCCGGCUGACAACUAGAAUGGCCAAAGACAUGAAGAAUCGGCUGGCUUUCCUGCGGAGGAGGAAUGAGUCCCCAGGAAGCAACCCAGCCGGGAAGUUAGACAAAUCUAUGAAGUCAGUCAAGCCCACCCCAGAGGAAGCGCUCAAAUGGGGGGACUCGCUUGAUAAGCUGCUGUCUCACAAAUAUGGUCUGGCAGCAUUCAGAGCUUUCCUGCGCACAGAGUUCAGCGAAGAGAAUCUGGAAUUCUGGCUAGCAUGCGAGGAAUACAAGAAGAUCAAGUCACAGUCCAAGAUGGCCUCAAAAGCCAAGAAAAUAUUUGCAGAAUACAUCGCUAUCCAGUCUUGUAAAGAGGUAAAUCUGGAUUCAUACACUAGAGAUCACACUAAGGACAACCUGCAGAAUGUGACACGCUCCUGCUUUGACCUAGCUCAGAGGCGGAUAUACGGGCUGAUGGAGAAGGACUCAUACCCCCGAUUCCUGCGCUCUGAACUCUACUUGGACUUAAUCAACCAAAAAAAGCCUAGCUCCACUUCAACUUCAUCUUCGUCAUAAGAGACUAGAAAAAAAAGAAGAUGAAGAGAAGAGAAAGAUGAUGAGAGUAAAAAAGAGGCCAGACUUGAAAAGUUAUACGUAGAGUGGGUGGGAUGUGCGCUUCUUUGUCUGCCUUUAUUUUUUAUUUUUGUCCAACAGUUUGUUCAUUAUUUUCUGUUGUGGUGUGAGAGGUCACGGCAAACAUAUGGCACUGCAAAGGAAUGUAGUUUACAUAGUUAUGGGUGAGUGGCUCGACUGAUGAGUGGAUGGAUGGAUGGAUGCAGACGCCCAUGAGCAAGGGCUGGAGCAGGAGCUGGACGCUUGUCUCAUCACUGAUUUUUGUUCUCCUUUUUUCAUUCAUAUUGUCAGCAAAAAAAAAAAAUCAAUUUGUUUGUGUUUUUGUCCAGUUGUACUGGAGUAAAGGAGGAGUUGCAUCAUAAAAAAAAAAGAGAAAUCCCUGCGACACGAAGACAGUCCGGUACUGUUUUAUCACUUUUCCGCCCCCUUCCUUUAUUUCUUUUGAGAAUUCCCUGCUUUGCUCCAUCACGUCUCUCUCUGCGAAGCAACUUCAAAGCUGUCGGUACGACGCGACGUCCUCUUCCUUCACGUUCUCUCAUCAGACUCUGUGACAGAGGAGGAAAAAUCAAGCUGAUGUCUGAAUGAAAAGCCACCGCCAUGGCUCUGGUUUCACACGCAUCCGUUUAAACCCUGCUUCCGCUCGAAGCUUCUAUAAAUGGCUUUCACCUUAGUUUGUUCAUAAGACUGUGGAAAGACGACGUGAGUGUUCAGCACAAAGACAAAGACGGGCAAAGAACACAGACGUAUAAGUAGUAGAUGGACUGGAGCUGUGACAAAACACAAAUAUGUGUCUCACAUUAAAAGACAUUAAAAUCUACAAACACACAAAAAAACCCAAGACGACUUGCUUCCCGUCUCCAUAGACUGUUUACGACAAGGAAGGAAAAUCCAAGAGGAAGAAGAUUAAAAACAUCUCCUUUAACAUUGUAGCUCAUUAUGGACUAAUCAAGGAACCAUUCUCAGGACAUUGCUAUGACAGGUUACUGCUUAGUUUAUGUGCUUUUCUGUUUCUGUUUUUAUACACAGUUUUUUUUACAUGCUUUAGGGUUCCAACAUGCACUCCCCGCUCUUACUGAGCAAUACACGAGAGGUUGCUCGUUUCACAGAGAAAAAAAAAAAGCUUCACAUGUACAAAGGUUUGCUAUUUAUUUAGAUUAACUUGCUGGAUGCUUCUGCAGACUUCCUCACGUCCUCCAAGGCACUCAGCUGAAAGCUCUCACUGUUCAAUUUAACCACCAAACAGGUCCAGUGCUGUCCUGAACUUUUAAGUGCAAUAUUUUAUUGUUUCUUUUUAUUUUUUAUUUUAUUUUAAUAUGAUAUUUGGUUUGUUUCUUUGGUCGUUUUUUUAAUGGGGAAGACAGAACAGUUUGAGCUCUGUAUUAACUUUAUUUGUUAAGAGAAAAAAAAUACUUAGAGCUAUAAGGUUGACUUACAGCGUAAACUUUCAAGAAGCAUAAGUAGUUUAAGCAAGUGAUUCUAACUGUGUUAACUCUCCCCUCCCCCCCGGCAGCAGGCAGCUGGGGGAAGGGGGCAAUAUGGUUGUAAAUAUAAUUCUUUAAGAAAAAUAUGUGAUAGCACAUUUAAAAAAAAAAAACGAAACAAAAAAACCCCAAAAAAGCCAAACAAGUCCCUGCUGGUGAUGAACGUGGGACCCGGCUGUAUCUAUGUAAAUAUGAGAGACUCAAAACUAUAAGAUGACAUGUAUUGUUUAAAAAAUAAAAAUAAAACAUUAGGUGAGCGAGAGCAGGUACAGUCUGCUCUUUUCCCUGGUCAUACACUGCUUGUAAGGAGUAUCAUUAUCACUGUUUACAAUUCAAAAUGCAUCUCCGGUAAUAGCAAGUGAAAACAGUAGAGUACAUGUGGUGUCAUUGCUAAUGAUAAAUAAACCAACCAACCGAUGACAUAA